CUGCUCUGCUUGAAGUUUUCCGCUUCUCGAUGUAGCAUGCGAUGGAAUCCACAUGGCUGCACAUAAUGAAACGAAGCCGGGUCGGUCUGGACAGCAUUCUGUGAGCAAUCUUGGGGAGCCCGCCUCUUCACUCAUUGCCGCUCACCUAGCACCUCACCUCGCGCCAGGGAGGAAUGGGGAUCAUGGCAUUGAGCGCGAAACAUUUUCUCAAUUGCGCCGAGAAAUCUUUGAUCAAGAUGAAAACGGCCAGGUUAAUCUUGAUGACAACCUAAGUGAUAUCCAUACUUUGAUUUGCGUGGUCAUCAAAGCUGGUCUUGAGCCGUUGCUUAAAAGACGGAAGGCCAAUGUGCCAAAAGGGGAUGUUCUCGGGCAAGUUGUGGAUUGCCUCGAUAUCGUGCAAAUGGCCAUACAAAAGGCACCGCACGUUUUACGCGAGCCGUGCGAUCCUGGCUUUCUGGGUCAGGAUACUGCUGGGGCGCCUUUGUUUACCUGGAUUAUUCCUUUUCACCUAGCCUUUCUCUGUGCCUGGGAUGAAAAAGCUGUGCGGGAAAAAAUUUGUCGUGUGUUGUCCAUUACUUAUACUUGCCAGUUCAAGGCUAGCAGAUCGUGGCACUCUUCUAGAUCAAUCAUCUGGUUUCUUAGAGCAUGUGUGAUAGACCUGAUUGUCUCUAUCGAAAAUACCGGCGCAUCUGGUGGUCGUGAGGUUGCAAUUACACCUCUCUACUUUCCGUCGUGGUCAAAUGUAUUCGCCAACUGCUUAGAGACACUCAAUAUCCCUCGGUCUGCAGUUACUCGACGACCACUUGGUAGUCUUUUCGUCGUCGCAAAGACAUGUUUCCAAGUUUUAGAAUCAUUUUGCAGCCCCAUUUCGACACCAGCGUUCCAUUCACGUGCUUAUUUUUUUCGAGAAUGCAUCCUAUGGAAUCUUCAAUGCUAUCAAAGAUUAUGGAAGUCGAUUUUUAUAUGGUUUGAGUUGGCAGAAACCCAGCUGCAAGAGGAGCAUGCCGUGAACCUUCUCACAGACUUGAUUUUCCUCGCGAAACGAUGUUUCUCAUGCUCCCAACGGCUGGGUCUAGGUCUUGACGAGAGAGUUAUGCGUGCGCUAGUCCAAAACGGCGCGGAUAUGUUAUCAUCGACCAAAUUACAACGCAGCUUUGAUCUACAACAUGCUCUAAGCCAGCUGUUGAGUGAGGUUAUGCGAGCGUCGCAUAGCUGUCCCACAGCACACGAACUCAUUGCAGAGCAUUUCCUUGAAGAUUUGGAGGAACUCACGUCAGAUGCAGAUAAGUUUGCAGCGUUGCAUCAGUCCUUUCAGCACGUAACUGUUAGGGUAGUGCAGGGGGACUAUUAUGCUCCCGGACCGUCAUCUAAAUUUCAACGGCGCACCUCUUCUCAGUCAGUCCUUCGUGCCCGGGAAAGUACUGUGAUCAAUGAACCUGUUCCACCCGAAAAUGGGCUGAAUCCUAGCACCCCCGACUCUGAGAGAGCUCGCAAACGCCCCCGCCUUAUGGACAUGGGAAAAAACAACAGCGUACUUGACAUUCCACAGAUAGUUACAAAUGCUAUCUGUACCAUAGUAGGAUCUUUACCCGUAAAUAGACUCGAAGAUAUGGAUCCUUCAAUCAUGGAUGCCUUUCCUGACCUGUCCGCUAAUGAGAAAUGUGAAACUCUGCUUCAUCUUGGUCACCUUGCUUGUGCCUUGUCUGGUAGUAUAACUAUUGAGGAGCGUAUGGAUGUACCUACUUCUAUAUAUCGAUGCGAAAUUUGCGACAGUAGUGGUUGGAAAACCGCAAGUGCUAUAUGCAAACAAAGGCAGAGGUUUGACGAGUUACGCGCAACCCUGGCCAGUUUGAUACCCACGCUCCGCAGGUCUGCAGAAUGUCGGGUUGCGGGAAUGCUAGCUCUGCAAAACAUAUUGAUCCAUGACUCGAAAAGUGAAGGCUCGCAACUGGGAGGGGCGCCAUAUGGAGAAUUUUGCCUGCAAUCUCUCUGUAGUUCCGUGCGAGAGCUCAGAAUCGCUGCCGGGAAAACAAUGGCCAUCUUUUUAAGAGCGCCGCUCGAUGAAGACGUUCGCCGGAAUAAUUUUGUUAUAGCAUUGAAGUACCUCCAACAGCUCCAAGAGAAGAAUGAACUAUCUGUACAGGAAACGUGUAUUAUGGUGCUACGGCGCAUUGCAGAGGUAUCUGGUGAUGAGGAAAUGAAUAUUGUUCUUCUCCGUCUUCUGGAGUAUUUGGGCCAUACCAGCCCUUUUAUUAGUGGAGUCGCAUACACCGAGCUGUCGAAACUAGCCCAACACCUGGCACUUACUCCUGCCGCGCUUUUUCGACCCUUCUGGAGAACGUUAUCAGUGCUAGUCAUAAAGCAUCUGCAGACAAGGCCGCAUAUGGCAGAUCUUUUAUGUGACUUAAUCGGAAUGAAAGUCGAUAACUUUUUGCGACUAACAGAAGUACACAUCUUGCCAUAUCUUGUUAUGACCCGCAAGAAAGAUAUCAUCGCCAGAAUUGCGCGGACCUACGAGGACAAAACCGUUUUUCAACUUUGUACUAGUGGUGUCAACAUUGCGGCUAUCCUGUGUCUUUUAUUGACUCAGGAGUUUUCCGACUUAGAAACCAUGGUCCCAACUAUUCUCUCUGAAGUGGCCCCAGGGUUUAAAGAUCAAGAUCUCGCGGCCCUGGUCAGAAUGGAACCGAUCUUAAUUGCCUGUGAACUUCUAAAGGGAAUUGGCGAUUCCUCAGCAGGUGAAAAAUCCAAGCACUACAAAGCUUUAGAGCUUGUAGCGUCGGUUACACCCCUCCUACCCGGCCAGGAGAGUUCUUCCGGGAUAAUUAAUCCACUCACUGCCUUUCUGGAAGGGCAUGUCCUUGGAAUAAUUACCGAAUUCGCGAAUGUGAUUAACGAUUUUCAGAUACGACAGUCUAUAGUAGAGAAAAAACGCAGUGUAAUCGCGAUAGGCCAAAUGGUAAAAAUAGCUGGCGCCAGCAUCAGUAUAGCCUUACCACAGAUAUGUGCUUGCCUUCGUUCAGCUCUUGACAUGGAAGAGUUACGGGAGCACGCCUUUUCUUCUUGGUGCACCAUGGUCACCUUACUCGACGACAUAGAUGUUGAAGCUUUGAUUGACCAAAGUUUUGCGAUAAUCGUAAAAAACUGGACAAAAUUUCGGGCGCGGUCUCGGCAAAAAGCAAUUGAGCUUGUUGAGCAUAUAUUGGAAAACUGCCAGGAGCUUGUUGCAAAUACAUUUACCACCAUGCCGUCUCUUGCGUCAAUACCAGAAAUGGCGAAUCUCUCUAAAAAGAUCUCGGAUUUAAAAGAAGGAAUGGACAUCCGGAGCCAGUUCGAAACUUUUUGUCUUCGAUGCCAGAACGAAAACCAAGUUGUUGUCGAGCAAGCACUUGAAGAGCUAGUUCCACAGCUGCGAAAACAUGAAGAAUUUAUUCACCGAGCUGCAAUCAACGAGCAGCCGAAUCAAAAUAUUGCCGGCCGGCUGACACGGUCAUUACUCGAUUGUUGUGCGAAAUUCAACCCGACGUCUGAAAAUAUCAUGUUAUUAUCCGCCAAAUGUCUCGGUAUUAUCGGGUGCCUCGACCCUAGCCGCAUUGAUCUGGUGAAAGAGAAAAAGGAUAUCCUCGUCCUCUCCAAUUUCCAAAGAGCGGAUGAGACGGUUGAUUUUGCACUAUUUUUCUUGCAGCAUGUCCUGGUCGAAGCUUUCCUUUCUGCAUCUAAUACUCGAUCACAGGGUUUUCUUGCCUAUGCCAUGCAAUCACUCCUAAAAUACUGCGGCUUGACUUCGGUGGUACCACCGCGUACUCAGGACCUUGAAUCGGGGGAGAUGUAUCGACGCUGGCUGUCGCUUCCAGAAUAUGUGAGAAACACUCUGACGCCUUUCCUUAGCUCGAAAUAUACGGUGAUCAUAGGAGCUAUCAGCACAUCCUGCAACUAUCCAUUAUUUUCGUCCAAUAUUAGCCACCCGGAGUGGCUUCGUACAUUUGUGCUAGAUCUGUUACAAAAAGGCAAUGAUACAAACACUAGGAUGAUUUUCAAUAUAAGCAGUCGGAUUAUUCGGAGUCAGGAUAUCUCUAUUGCAGCUUUCCUUCUCCCGUUUGCUGCACUUAAUGCCGCAAUCAGUGACGACGAUGAAAUUCGACAAUGCAUACGAAAAGAACUCGCCAAUGUCUUAGAAUAUACACUUCCGGAGCAUAAUCAUCAUAUGCAAGAGAAUAUCUUGUUGUGCAGUGAGAGUGUAUUCGGUGUGCUAGACUACUUGUCGCGCUGGGUACAAGGCAAAAAGCGAGAGCUUACAGGCUCCACUACAAGUCGUGAUCGCAGAGAAACAAUGGACGGACGCACGGUCCAGGUGAAACGGGUGGAAGCAUUGCUAUCUUCUAUCCCGGCCGAAGUUAUUUCUCGACGCGCUGUUGAGUGCAAAUCUUACGCCCGGGCGCUCUUUCACUGGGAGCAGUACAUUAGGCAGCAGAGGUCCAAAACGGUAACGGAUUCUUCCGAGUUGGAGUCUCUUUAUCAGAAGCUACAGGAUAUCUACACACAAAUUGAUGAACCAGAUGGCAUUGAAGGUAUUUCCUCCCAUCUCCAUGUCCUUAAUAUCGAUCAACAGAUUCUCGAACACCGCAAAGCUGGGCGAUGGGUUGCCGCCCAAACCUGGUACGAGCUUCAACUAAAUAAGACACCGGAAGAUAUUGAUGUUCAGAUGAAUUUGUUAACAUGUUUGAAGGAGUCUGGGCAGCAUGACGUCCUUCUAAACCAAUUUGGUUCAUUGAAAACCACCGAAGCCACGCUGCCAAAGAUGCUGCCAUUUGCCGUGGAGGCCUCGUGGGUAACCAGCAAAUGGGACCGGUUGGAAACCUACCUUGCACAGCGCCCCAAACAUGGAGUUGGGGAUUUCACGAUUGGUGUUGGGUCUGCGUUGGCUGCAAUUCGCGCGAGAGAUCAAUCAUUUAAGAACAAAAUCAAUGAGUUGCGCCUAAAUGUUGCUAAAGGCCUGACAUCAAAUUCAGUUUCUUCGUUUCAAGCAAGCCAUGAUAGCAUCUCAAAACUACAUGUUCUUGCGGAGAUGGAACUCCUAACCAAUAUGGAGUCCGAGUCUUCCCCCUCUCGCGAAACGCUAUUUGAUACUCUCGAUCGAAGAUUGGCGAUUCUUGGGGGCUGCAUUUCGGAUAAGCAAUAUAUUCUUGGUCUCAGACGAGCAAUCAUGGAAUUACUGCCUCCAUUCAAUGAGCUGGAUGUCGCCUCCAUUUGGUUGAUCAUCUCCAGGCUCGCACGGAAAGCUAACUCUACAGAGCAAGCGUUCAACGCUGUCCUUCAUGCCGCCCAAUUGAAGGACAAAUCUGCAACUAUUGAAUACGCCAGAUUGUUGUGGAAGGAGGGUCAUCAUAGGAAAGCAAUCAGAACUCUUGAAAGUGCUAUUGCGGCUAACGCAUUCGGAUCCUUCGAUAAAAGCCCCGGGGAAGAUUUGACUGAGACUUCCACUGCAGACGAUCAGCAUAAACAGAACAUGCUCACUGCGCGGGCACAUCUUCUCCUCGCUAGAUGGAUGGACAGCGCUGGUCAGACUCAAUCAGAAGUCAUAAUUCAAAAGUAUCGACAGGCUAUCAAGUUUCAUACAAGAUGGGAAAAGGCUCAUUACUACCUUGGAAAGCAUUAUGCAAAGAUAUUGGAUUCCGAAAAAGCCAAGCCUAUUGGAAAAGAAGCUCAAAUAUACCUGAGUGGCGAAGCGGCCAAGUUGGUGAUUGAUAACUACCUACGAUCCCUUGCCCAUGGGAAUAAGUAUGUGUUCCAAAGUUUACCGAAGGCUCUAACAUUGUGGCUUGAGCAUGCAUCCGCAGUGAACCUGCCAUUUGAUCCUAAAAGGGGGGAUAACGAGGAAUUCCAAAAGCACAAUAUGACACAGCGCAAAAGAAGCCUCGAUGACAUGAAUGCCCAGUUUCGCAAAUAUAUCAACAGAAUCCCGGCUGCACUGUUAUUUACCAUUCUGCCACAAGUUGUCACACGCAUAUGCCACUCGAAUAACACGGUCUACAACAUUUUAACACAAAUCGUGGUGAAGACGGUCCAUGCGUUUCCUCAGCAGGGGUUGUGGACUCUUCUCGCGGUCUUGAAAUCUUCCACGAAGGAUCGCGCCUCUAGGGGGUUGGCCUGCAUUCAUAAAAUAACCGAAACUGCAAAAAAGCAGAAAACAGAUAUCUCAGCAGCGGAUAUUCGGGUAAUCAUGAAUCAGGGGCAGAAAUUCUCGGACGAACUUUUGAAACUAUGCGGUGCACCAGUCGAAGAUAGGGUAAUGAAAGUUAGUUUGGCUCGUCAUUUGGGUUUUAAUCAUCGAGUGGCUCCUUGUCGACUUGUUAUCCCUCUGGAAACGACCUUGACUCCUAUCUUACCUGCGAGUCACGAGACAAACUUCUUAAAGACAUUCCGAGCGUUUGCAAACGACCCAAUAACUAUCGAAACGGUGCUCGACGAAGGCCUUGUCCUUCUCUCAAUGCAAAGACCACGGAAAAUAAGCAUUCGAGGCUCUGAUGGCAAAGUAUAUAGCCUUCUCUGCAAACCGAAAGAUGAUCUCCGCAAAGAUCAACGCCUGAUGGAGUACAAUACUAUGAUUAAUCGAUUCUUGAAGAGGGAUUUAGAAUCGAAUAAGCGCCGCUUAUAUAUCAAAACAUAUGCUGUUACGCCGCUGAACGAGCGGUGUGGCCUUAUUGAAUGGGUUGAUGGGCUGCGGCCUUUGAGAGAGAUCGUCACAAAGCUGCUGAAGGCGCGUGGCAUUAUGAUAAAUUACACUGAGAUCAAGCAUUACUUGACGGAAACGUCCUCAAGCGAUUCAAAGCUUGCGGCAUUCUCGAAGCUCUUGACGAAGUAUCCCCCCGUUUUGCAUGAGUGGUUUGUUGAGAUGUUCCCCGAACCGUCAGCAUGGCUUACAGCCAGACUGAGAUAUACGAGAUCCUGCGCUGUAAUGUCUAUGGUUGGUUCUUCAUUAGGGCUUGGGGACAGACACGGAGAAAAUAUUCUCUUCGAAGAAGGAACAGGAGAAAUCCUUCAUGUUGACUUCAACUGUCUUUUCGACAAGGGUUUGACACUCGAGAUGCCCGAAUUGGUACCGUUUCGACUCACUCAUAAUAUGAUUGAUGCAUUCGGAGCGUAUGGAUAUAAUGGUCCGUUUCGAAAGACCUGCGAGCUUACCCAGGGUCUACUACGCCAAAAUGAAGACUCCCUAAUGACCAUUCUCGAAACAUUCCUCCAUGAUCCGACGACAGAUUUUAUCGAUAAGAAGAAACGAACCAACCCACGCGUUCCUGAUACCCCUGAGGCCGUUCUCGAGUUUGUCAGGAAUAGACUUCGCGGCCUGUUACCAGGCGAAUCUGUUCCCCUAUCCGUUGGCGGACAGGUAGACGAGUUAAUAAUACAAGCAACAAGCAUAAGGAAUUUGGCAGCGAUGUAUAUUGGAUGGUGUGCUUUCUUCUAAGCGGACUGCAUAUAUUCUUCACAAGAGUACAUGAUUUGUAGGAAUUUUAGUCGAAUAACGAACUAGCUACUAAUGGCUGUGUACAUGUGGGAGUGUUUGAAAUACCAUGAAGAUUAUUCCUUUUUU